AUGGCCGAGCGGCAGCUGAAGCGGCCGGCGCCAGGCAGCGCCGCGCUGCUUGCGGGCGUGGACUUGGGCGGGACCACGGUUGCGGUUGGAUUGGUCUCAGCUGACGGCCAGCUCCUCACGAAGCUGGUCGAGGCUGUUGGCGAGGACCACCAGCCCGAACGCAUCGUCAAGCGCAUCUCUGGCCUUCUCAAGGAGGCCUUGCGCCAGGCCGGAAGGUCUUGCUCGGACAUCCAGAGCCUCGGGGUCUGCACACCGGGGCUCUUGGACCUCUCUGCGGGGGUGGUGACUGCGGCCAACCUCAAGGGUUGGACCAAGGUGCCGCUGGUGAAGCUGCUCUCCCAGGAGCUCGGCUGGGAAACUUGCCGCGUGACGUUGGAGCAUGACACCAACAGCGCCCUCCUGGCCGAGGCCUGGGUUGGGGCAGCCGUUGGCCUGGAAAACAUUGUGCUGCUCUCUUUGGGCACCGGCAUCGGUGCUGCGAUCAUAUGCGACGGUCGACUUCUCCGCGGCAGCCGCGGCCAAGCCGGUGAAGUAGGACACGCCAUCCUCGUCCCCGACGGCCGUGACUUCGGCCGAAGCGGUGUGGCGGGAAUCUUCGAAGGCUAUGCAAGCGCCAGUGCGGUGGUGGCACGUGCCAGGGAGGGGAUGGUUCCAGAAUCAUCGCUGAGCAAACUCGAGGCCUUGGACUGCGAAGAUGUCUUUGCUCACGCUGCGAAGGGCGAUGCCUAUGCCAAGGAGCUGGUACGAGAAACCGCGAGGUACCUGGCGAUCGGAUGCAUCAACUGCUGCCGCUUCGUGGAUCCGUCUGUGAUCCUGCUGCUGGGACAGCAGGAAGCUGGUGAAGCUUUCGGGGAGCUUUGCCGUGCCAUGUUUGACGGUAUGGGUGGCGAGAGAGUGCUGCUCCUCGAGUGCAGAGCGGCGCUGCAGCUGCCGUGGGCCUCGCUGCCGCUCAAGGCUGUUCCCAUGACUUUUGGCAUGCUGAACCUUGCAAAGAACAUCAUCGGCGCCGGCAUGCUCUCGCUGCCUGUGGCCUUACGAGGUGCCGGCCUAGCGCCCUACGUGGUGGGCAUCACAUUGGCCGGAGCCCUCAAUGCCUACACCUUCUUCCUGCUGGGCUGGUGCUGCGAGGUGACCGGUGCCAGCACUUUCGGCGAGCUCUGGGCGAAAUGCUUUGGGCAACAAAAUGCCUGGAUCGCCGACGUUUCAGGCUCCGUUCGGUACUGCGUCUUGAUGGGAGACUUCUUCUCCAAGGCCUUGGCAGGAUUGCUUCCAGACUGCCCGCUGCUUCACGGCCGUGGCGUCGACCUCUGCAUCAUCGGUCUCUGCCUGUUGGUGCCCCUGUCCUUGAUGAAGGACCUCGCUCCGUUGAGAUAUGCAUCCAUUGCAGGCCUUGCAGCCACGGCUUACGUCUUUCUGAUGCUCUUGAAGGACUCCGUCAGCUCCGCACGAUGGGGCGCGGAUGGACCGCUGGCGAGCAACGUAUCGCCCAUGCGCCUCGACUUCUUCGAGGCCUUGGCGCUCUUUGGCUCGGCCUUCAUGGCCCACUACAAUGCGCCGAAGUUCUACUCUCAACUGCAGGAGAAGUCAGUGCCCAAAUUCGCCGUUCUGGUGUGCAUGGCGUACGGCUUGGCUCUCGUUGUCUUCGUUGCGUUCGGAAUGUGCGGCUUCGCCUUGUUCGGCUAUGACUCGGAGGGCAACAUCCUGAAGAACUACGGCUUCGGUCCGGAAGUGAUGCUGGCCUGGCUCAGCAUGGGCUUCUCCGUGGCCUUCACAUACCCGCUGGUCUUCAGCGGCUUCCGCGACUCCUGCGCCUCCCUGCUGAGUGGCUUUGGCAUCGCCGAAUCUAGCAGCUUCCGACUGAGCUUCACCCUCGUGGCCGUGGCUGCCACGAUCUUGGGUGGAACGAUCUUCAGCAACGUGGCGCAGGUGAACGGCGUCAAAGGUGCCAUCCUCAGCCCUUGCUUGGCUUUCAUCUACCCGGCGGCCAUCCAUCUCAGGUCCACGGCGAAGGACAAGGACGCCCCGGCUUCCCUGGUGGCGAUGCGGCGGGGAAGCUACGGCCCGGGAUCCCGAGAGAAGCAGAAGCUCUGA